CGGCCAUUUCCACUAAAUUUACGCCAAACUAAUCUUGGACAGAGUCGGGGGUUAUCCCCUUAGCACGCUCCCUGCACGGAACACCUACAGAUCGCUGGGUUAGGGUUGAAAAAUAUUUAUGCAUGAAAAAAUUAUAACUAGUCGAGACCAACCAGAAAUACGGUGUAGUCAUGUGCGGUAUCCUUUGUCAUUUCACAACUAAACCAUGUGCUGAGCUUCCUCCGAACAAGGUUUACACAUCGGCGGAAAUCAAACAGUUGGUUGAACAGGACUUGGAACAUGACCUUCAGUUGACGCCCGAGGAAUCGAUGAAGUUGGAGGAGUACAAGGUUAUCAAGGAACAAUUGAAGCACAACAAAUUUUACUUGAGAGACAAGAACAACAAAAAGAAUGACAAAAGUUAUAAGAAGGCCAAGGGUGGUAACGCCCUGGUAUGUGACUCGCUUGAAAUCCAAGACUUACCGCAGAUGGCGAAAGUUUCGCUAGAGGACACCCCCGAAGCGGCGACCGAAACAGAGGAAUUGGCGUAUCCCCUGAAGCAUUUUUUUAAUGAAUUGAUUCCCAAAAUCGCCACCAGAGGCCCGGACUACUGUCAGUUCACUGCAGAGUCCCACCAGGCCGGCAGCAUCACGAUUACGGCCCAACACUUUUCAUCUAUUCUCUCUUUAAGACAGCCCUUCACAGCUCAACCAUAUACGGCGCUGACCUCACUUGAGCAUAAGUUUGUCCUUCAGUUUAACGGCGAGUUGUAUAAUAACGCCGCGUUGGACGUCAAUGACACGGAGUACGUUAUGCAGCAAUUGCUUGCCCUACCAGGGAUUCAAGACAUCGACUCGGCGGUCUUGAAUCUCUACAGAUCCCUCAAAGGGGAAUUUGCGGCCGUCAUCUAUCACAAGAACGAAGGGGUUGUGUAUUUCAUGAGGGACUUUAUCGGGAAGCGCUCCUUGCUCUACUCUGUCGUGGACGGCGACUUGACUGUGAGCUCGCUCCCACCAUCGUCAGAGUGUUCCCGCCACCGAAUGGCAUUCAGAGAAUGCAAAGGUGGCGAGCUUUACAAAUACAGUCUUGUCUCCCAGACCAUGACGAUAUACAAGAUCGUGGGCAACGGCGACCGUGUGAUGGCUAUCACGGAGGAGCGGCGGGAGGUGGAAGGCGACAACGAUAUGCCCACCGAAGAGCAACAGACAAACGUAUUGUACGAGAGAAUUAAUGCCACCACCUGCCACCAGCACUCCCACUUGUCCUAUUCCAGCCCCUCACCCCCCAUCCAGGCCCUUGUGUCCAAGCUAGACAACGUGUUCACGGAAGCGGUCCGAACCCGUAUUGAAACCAUCCACCCGUUAGACGAGUAUUCGGGAAACUCACGGGUAAAGUUAGGUGUGCUCUUCUCUGGUGGUAUCGAUUGCACCUUGGUGGCUCACAAGAUUGCGUCUCUCAGUCCACCUGGAACGGUCAUCGACUUACUCUCUGUUGGGUUUGAAAACCCGCGUGCUAGCCUUUCGCCGGCCCAGUCACCUGACCGCGUGCUCGCUCUCAAGUCGUGGCAGAGCUUACAAGCCCGCUUUGCCCCAGCAGAUGUGACGAUCAACAUGGUCGAGGUUGACGUCACCUACGAGGAGUGGCUUCUACACAAACGCAGGGUGAUGGCCUUAAUGUACCCGUGCCACACCGAAAUGGACCUUUCGAUCGCGAUUGCCUUCUACUUUGCUUCCAGGGGCAGUGGUAAUAAGGUAGUGGGUCUGGGCGAGUUUACGAGAGAGGCGUACCACUCCCGUUGCAAGGUGUUGUUUUCGGGCUUGGGGGCCGAUGAGCUAUACGGAGGUUACACCAGGCACCAGAAGAUCUUUACUAGCCUUACCCGGGAUAAGUCUGACGUUAACCCUUCCAGAGUGGCGGACAUUGCGGCGGACAUUGCGGCUUGUUAUGGGCUAUUAGCCAAGGAGUUGCUUCACGAUUUGAACAGAUUGUACGUGAGAAACCUUGGCCGUGAUGACAGGGUAAUUUCAUCAUGGGGAAAGGAGCUCAGAUACCCGUUCUUGGAUGAAGCACUUAUCAGGUUUACCGUGGAGGAAGUUCCGUUGGACUUGAAGUACAAUUAUCAAUGCCACUGUAGCGGUUGCGUGAGCCAGGAUGCGACGGAGUGCUCAGCUGAUUUCAAAUCUAUCCGAAAGUGGUUGUUGAGAGAGUUGGCCUUGUCCUACAAUAUGGAGUAUGUGGCCCACGAAGCCAAACGGGCUAUUCAAUUUGGGGCAAAGUCGGCUAAGCUUGAAAUCGGCCAGGGCAAGACCAAGGGCAGUGAUUCUUGUUAAAUUGAAGGCUCAAAUGGUUAGGGUCAUUGUAAAUAUUUUGUCUGAACUGUAAUUUAUGGUUUUUUUU